AUGAGAAGCUCUAAGACUAUGCAUAGUACCGCAUCAUCUGUAAGACCUGUUCCCACAGCUGAAGAAGAGGAAGAGACAGAUACCGCUUUUUACAGAUAUGUUCCAAGAACAUUACAACAGGGGGGUCCAUUUUACGGCUCUGUUAGCCAAGGUAAAUUCGCAGACAGUGAUAGGGGAGGUAGUAGGAGUGGCUCAACUAAACACUUAGAUUCAGGAAGAACCGAAAAUACUGAUGAAGGGCAUGCCUACAAGACUUCACGAUUCCGGCCGCAUCAUGUCUCAACUGAUGAGUUUACUGGACCACCACACAAUCUAGCGGCAGCUUUCCAAUACGAAGAUCUUUCCAACGGUCAAGAAGGUGAUAAUGAAAGCGGUCAAUCCAAUUCUUCACAUAGCAUGCCUGAAACGGAUGCACAGUCAAGAAAUUUAAAUUCAGAUGAUAUCGAUAUCAAGAGUAUACAUGGUGAAGAUCACUACGGUAAAUUGGAGACUACACCGAUUGCAGAUAAUCAAGACAGGCUAUGGACCCAAAUUGACGCCCUCGAUGAUGUUAAAAAAUUGGCAAGUAGCAUGAACCUGUAUGAUGGUUUCCCACCGGGUUUUGAGGAACAGUUAAGUAAACUAAGAGAGGCGCAUUCCCAACUGUUAACAAUGAUGCGUGAUAGAGAUGCGCUAUUAGAAGAAGAAAGAGACAUUAAUGGAAACGAUACUGAAAGUGCUAGGGAUUUCGGAGUUAGAAUGGACAAAGCCAUGAGUAAUGGUUUUAGCCAUGUAGGAGGCCGCCCAACUGGGAACGGAGAGACAAAUAGCGUUGAUCCAAAACGUCCUGGUAGUAGUGCUAGCGCUGGCGCUGGCGCUGGCGCAGGUGCAAGCGCGAAUUCAGUUUUAGAUGCAAAUACAAGUGCAAAUGCAAAUGCAAGUGUCAGUAGCACAAAGAGUCAGAAACCUAGCAGAAGAGAGAAAAGAAGUACUGCACCUUCAAUGACCGGGAUAGAUGAAGACAAAUAUGUCCAAGAGAUGAUCGGUAUUAUCAAGCAAUUGAGGGCCUAG